AUGCCGAGCGACGUGGACUUUAAUCCCCAGAACCUCAUCAUCACGGCAACCGACCUCGAAGAUCCUUCUUCCUUCAGCGAUCCGGUGUUUUACGACUUCCACGGGAUCGACCCCAGUUUGCUUUUUGACGACAAUGGCCGCGUGUCUGUGCAAGGUAGCUGGAUCCAUGGGUACUGCAGAGCGCCAGCGACGUCGACAUCUCCAGCGGCCACAACGGAAAAGUUCCUGAAGGACCGCACAUCUACAAGAAAGAUGGAUAUCAUUAUCUCUUGCUUGCCGAAGGGGGGUACCCAUCGCAACCACAAGAUCACCAUGAGCCGUUCCAAGUGCAUCCGGGGCCCCUUUGAAACCUUCAAAGGCAAUGCAGUUCUCACAGCGGAGGGUCCCUCGGCAUGUGUGCAAUGCCUGGGACAUGGUGAGCUUUUCGAGGACGCUCUUGGCGGCUGGUGGGCGGUGUUACUGGCCCGGCGCGAGCAUGGCGCAAGUUACCUCCUCGGGAGAGAGACGUAUCUGACCUCAGUGGAGUGGCCAGAGAACCAGUUCCCGUCCUUUGCGCCGGUCCGACUGGUCCAAGGGAUGAACCGGUCCAUGGCUGAAAAAGCGGUGCGGGAUUUGACCGCGCUUGUCUCGCUCCAUUCGUCGUCAACCCUGUACUUGAGAUCGAAAAAUCCGGCGAGAUAUGCCCAGAUCGAGAACACGAUUGUUAUGAUUCCGACCAGGGCCACGCUGGGUGCAUGCUCGGGGUCUGUGACUUUUGUAGGGCACCGCCAGACUUCUUUGCUCUCUUCGGCCCAAACCCUUUUGUUGAUGAAGCCACCUCCAGCGGAGGAGACGGUCGUUGGUCUGACCGUGUAUAAAGACCCUUUCCGAUAUGCGGCGAUAGAGUACUGCGGCCAGGACCGAUCUGUGCAUCUCAAAGUCCAGCAGGUCGGCAAGCCGGUGUUAACAGUAUCGCGCGUCUGCGUUGAGAGUGCGAAGGCGUUACAGCAUUGCCAUCAGACGCACGAAGAUGGCAAUGCCAAGAGCCUUGAUUUGGACAGGUAUCUUGUGCCAGUCAACUGGCGAUGA